CAUCCGGGAGAGCGCAGUGCGCAGCCGCAGUGGCCGCCGCAGUUUCCGUAGCCCGCUCGCGCCCCGCUGAGCUCUGAGCGAACGAUUCCGCGAGCAGAAGGCCGACAUGCGGGCCUAACGGCGGGAAGGGAGCCGCUGGUCGCUGCUGGAGCCCCGGCCGCUGCGGGGAGUGCGUUGGCGGCCGCCGCGUGACAUGUCUGACGUCACCAGGAAGCCCCUGCGUUGUUCCUGCUAACGAGCUGCCCCCCUCCCGGCGAACCAGCAUGAAGAAGUUCAACAUUCGGAAGGUGCUGGACGGCUUCACGGCGGCGGCCGCCCCCCCUGCUCCGCCGCGGGAGGUCGACGCCGUCCCGGAGAGCCUCCAGUCGGAGCUGUUUCAGCUGUGCAAGACCGUGCGUCACGGUUUUCCGUAUCGGCCGUCCUCCAUGGCCUUUGACCCCGUGCAGAAAAUCCUGGCGGUCGGGACUCAGACUGGAUCUCUGAGGCUCUUUGGCCGCGCCGGCGUGGAGUGUUACUGUCAGCACGAGAGCGGCGCCGCAGUCAUCCAGCUGCAGUUCCUCGUCAACGAGGGGGCGCUGGUGAGUGCCUUAGCGGACGAUACCAUUCACCUGUGGAACCUGAGGCAGAAAAUUCCCGCCAUCCUGCACUCUUUGAAGUUCAACAGGGAGAGGAUCACCUACUGCCACCUGCCCUUCCAGAGCAAGUGGCUGUACGUGGGCACAGAGAGGGGCAACAUCCACAUCGUCAACGUGGAGUCCUUCUCGCUGUCCGGUUACGUCAUCAUGUGGAACAAAGCCAUCGAACUAUCCACCAAGACCCACCCAGGACCCGUGGUGCACAUCAGUGAUAACCCCAUGGAUGAGGGAAAGCUCCUGAUCGGCUUCGAGUGCGGGGUUGUGGUUCUGUGGGACCUCAAGUCCAAAAAGGCCGACUGUCGCUACAGCUAUGAUGAGGCCAUCCACUCCAUCGCCUGGCACCACGAGGGGAAGCAGUUCGUGUGCAGCCACUCCGACGGCACGCUGACCACGUGGAACAUCCGGACGCCGGCCAAACCCGUACUCACCGUUACGCCACACGGGAAGCAGCCAAAGGACGGAAAAAAGCCAGAACCCUGCAAGCCCAUCCUGAAGGUGGAGUACAAAACCACGAGAGCCGGGGACCCCUUCAUGGUGCUGUCUGGGGGGCUGUCCUACGACACGGUGGGGAGGAGAGCCUGUCUCACCGUCAUGCACGGGAAGAGCACCACCGUCCUGGAGAUGGACUUCCCCAUCGUGGAUUUCCUGACGCUCUGUGAAACUCCGUAUCCAAACGACUUCCAGGAACCGUACGCCGUGGUGGUCCUCCUCCAGAGGGACUUGGUAGUGAUCGACCUCGGACAGAUCGGGUACCCGCUGUUUGAGAGUCCGUACCCGCUGAACAUCCACGAGUCUCCGGUGACCUGCUGCGAGUACUUCGCUGACUGUCCGAGCGAACUCAUUCCGGCUUUGUACUCGGUGGGCAGCCGGCAGAAGAGACAAGGCUACAGCAAGAAGGAAUGGCCCAUCAGUGGGGGGAACUGGGGGCAAGGCACUCAGAGUUACCCAGAGAUCAUCAUCACGGGACACGCUGACGGCUCAGUGAAGUUCUGGGAUGCCUCUGCAUUGAUGCUCCAGGUGCUCUACAAGCUGAAGACUGCCAAAGUGUUCGAGAAGGCUCGCUGUAAGGAGGAGAAGGCCGACGCCGUGGACGAAGACCCCCUCGCCAUCCAGACCCUCUUCUGGUGUCCCGACAGCCGGAUGCUCUGCGUGGCGGGGGUGUCUGCUCACCUCAUCGUCUACAGGUUCAGCAAACAGGAAGUGACCGCCGAUGUCGUUCAGCUGCUGGAGGUGCGCAUGCUGAGCGAGAGGAGCGGCGUGGACGCUCCCGAUCCAGGAGGAGAUCAGACCCCCACCGCGCCUCCACCCUCCACCCCGCAGGACGGCGACGCCCCACCGGCGCCGCCGGCAGGCUGCAGCGAAGGAGCCCGGGACCCCGUCCUGCAGGUCCGGAGCUCCGCCCUCAAGCAGUCUCCGGGCUACCAGGUGGAGCUGGUCAUCCAGCUGCUGUGGGUGAGCGGGGAGCCCCCCCAGCAGGUCACCAGCCUGGCCCUCAACUCCUCCUAUGGCCUGGUGGUGUUCGGGAACAGCGAGGGUCUGGCGGUGGUGGACUACUUCCAGAAGACUCUGAUUCUCAGCAUGAGCGUGUCGGAGCUGCACGUCCCGGCGGAGCUGCGCUCGCCGCGGAAAUCCCAGCAUCCCUCUGGAGCUCUCUGCGACUCCAACGAAGGGACGAACAACCUGGACGAUCGCUGCAAGUCCCCCACCUCAGGACCCACCUCCCCCUGCAACUCAGACGACGAGCCAAAGCAGAAGUUCAUAGAGAAGGGUACUGUGUGUUUCAGUGAUCAGUCACCCCCCCCCCACAGGAAAGCCUCUAAAGCUUUUAUUUUGAAACCUCUUCCAGUGAAGUUCAAAAGCAGGCGCUUUUCCAAGACGGUUGCCAAUGACUUUGCCAAAUUUUCGCGGAGAAUUAGCUCAUCCAAUGAGCAAAAGCUGGACCACGAGCUCAGGUCCAAAGCCCGGCUCGCCUCCAGGAGGUGCUGCUACUCUGUCAAAGCCGGCAAGAGGGACCCCCAGAGGCGGCUGAAGGAAGACGUGUGUCGAACCCUGUCUGACCCCAACCCCUAUGCCAAGGACGGCUCGUUCAGCCGCUCCCGCAGCUCCAGCGUGACCAGCAUCGACCGCGAGUCUCCAGAGGUCCUCUCCUCCUUCCACUUCUGCGAGACCCUCCCCAGGAAGUGGGACGGCGGGCUCAGCCCCUGCCUGAUGGUGGGGGCCUCCCAGGGCUCCGUGAUGAUGCUCUCGCUGACGCUGCCCCCUGCUGGAGACCAGAGGCUGCUGCAGCCCGUCAGCCUCGCCUGCUGUGGCAGCCUGAACAGACUCAGGGGGGGCAUUCUGACCAUGGCUCUGCUGGACUCCACCGGGGCUCUGCUGCCCCCCCCGUUCGAACCGUGGUGCGACCCGAGCGCCUCGGAUGAGGAGAAGGAGAAGCUGCGGAGGCGCAGGCCGGCGUCCCCGCCGGCGCCACAGGGAGGCCAGGACGCGCAGUUCGCUGUGUUGUGUUCGGAUAAACAGGUCAAGGUGGUUUCCAUGGCAACGCAGAGCUGCGUGCACAAACACAGCAUCACAGAGGCCUCAUUCGUGCUCAGGGCCGAUGUCGUGCACGUGGCCGGAGCGUCCUGCGUCGCCUGUUUCUGCGCCAACGGGCACAUCAUGGCCUUCAGUCUGCCCAGCCUGCGGCCGCUGCUGGACGUCAACUACCUGCCGCUGACGGACAUGCGGAUCGCCAGAACCUUCUGCUUCUCCAACCAGGGCCAGGCUCUGUACCUCACCUCCCCCACCGAGAUCCAGAGGAUCUCCUACAUCCAGGAGACCUGCGACAACCUGCAGGAGAUGCUCAGUGAGCUCUUCACCCCCGUGGACACGCCUGAAGCUCCAAACAGAGGUUUCUUCAAAGGCCUUUUUGGGGGCGGGGCUCAGUCUUUGGACAGGGAGGACCUCUUCGGUGAAGUGGCUGCUGGGAAGGCGUCCCGGAGCCUGGCCCAGCACAUCCCCGGCCCGGGAGGCAUGGAGGGCAUGAAGGGCGCGGCGUCGGGCGUGGUGGGGGACCUGGCCCGCGCCAGAGUCGCCCUGGAUGAGCGAGGGCAGAAGCUGGGCGAGCUGGAGGAGAGAACGGCGGCCAUGAUGUCCAGCGCGGAGUCCUUCUCCAAACACGCGCACGACAUGAUGCUGAAGUACAAAGACAAGAAGUGGUACCAGCUCUGACGGGGGCUGUGGUUCUGGUUCAGAGUUCUCCCUCAGGACAGCAGGUCUGACAGCGGGCGUCCCUCUCCACGCCCGCGGCCUCAACGCCGGGUCGCCUCAUCUGACCGCUGUCUGGUUCUGAAGGAGGCGGAUCUGCUCUUGAUCAGGUCCAAAGACAAACGCAGGAGAACGUCUGACGCAGAACGUUUCUGCAGGAACCCGUCCCUCUGGAGCGGUUCCCUCGCUCCUCAGAGGCCACGCCUCCUGGUGGCCGCAGACGAUGGUGGAGCGUCCCUCGCCGUCCUAUUUAUUCCUGUUAGAAGGAGAUGAAGACACUGUGGUGACGGGCAUUGACAUUAAACAACAAAGACCCCCCCAUGAAGAGUUUACAGAGUUAAUACACUGGACCCCCCCCCGCACUAAGGUCACGAUGAGGAUAAAUGUCUAUUUUUGUUGCAGUUUGAAGCUUGAUGUGAAGAAUCUGAUUUAAGAAAAGGUUUCUGUCUUCAGACCCCCCCCCCCGUUUCAUGUCGUGACCCUCAGUUGUUUUUUGGCAGAUUUAUUUUUUAUUAAAUCUUCUUUUCUCUUGUA